AUCGUCUCGCCUGUUCAGUUUCCUUCUCCUCUUCCCGCAGCCCGGUUUGCCGACCAGGUUCCACCGUUCCAGAGUAGCCAAGCGAAUCCCGUGUCUGGUUCGCGCGAUGGCGGAGGAGCAGUCCAACCCCCAGCACCAGCAAGCGGAGGAGAGGGAGGUUAUGGUGGAGCAGCAGCAGCCGAGGAGGGCCCCGAAGCUGAGGUACCUGGACUUCGUCCAGGUGGCGGCUGCCCAGGCCGCGGUGUGCCUCGCUGGGCUCUACGGCCUCGCCAAGGACCACGCCGGCCCGCUCCGCCCCAGCGUUGACGCCGUCGAGUCUGCCGUCAAGGGCGUCGUUAGCCCCGUCUACGACCGCUUCGGCGGCCUGCCGCUCGACGUCCUCGCCUUCGUCGACCGCAAGGUGGACGACACGGUGCACGAGGUGGACAAGCACCUCCCGGGCGCGCUGAAGGCGGCGUCGGCGCAUGUCUACGCGGUGGUUCGGGGCGUGCCGGAGGUGGCGCGCGAGCUGGCGGCCGAGGCGCAGCGGUCGGGCGUGAGGGGCGCAGCCCGUGCGGCGCUCGCGAUGACGGAGCCGGUGGCGCGGGACGUGUACGGCCGCGUGGAGCCCGUGGCCAAGGACCUCUACGUGCGGUACGAGCCCGCGGCGGAGCACCUGGCCGUCUCCGCCUGGCGCUCGCUGAACGGCCUGCCGGUGUUCCCGCACGUCGCGGAGAUCGUCGUGCCCACCGCCGCGCACUGGGCCGACAAGUACAACAGGGCGGUCGCAGCCGCCGCGGAGCACGGCUACGCGGGGGCCAAGUACCUCCCCGCCAUCCCCACCGAACGCAUCGCCAAGGUGUUUUCGUCGGCGCCAGAGGCCGAGCCGCUGGCAGAGGGCCAGUAGUGUGUGUGUGUGUGCGCGCGCGCGCGAGCUCGUCUUUGCCGGUGGUGACUCUGGAUUUGGAUCACCUUCCGAACUGAACUGAAAAUAAGGAAGCGUGAAUCCGGGGGCCAGUUAAAGAUGGUGGUAUGGUAUGGUAGCGGCGUUGUACUAGAUGCGUGAUGGGACGAUGGUUACGGACCAUGAUGAUGACGCUGUGUUCCAUUUAGCUCUCUGCUGCGUGCUUUUGUAUAAAAGAAGUGGUUCGAUGUCGC